AUGACGACAUCAAGCAGCAUCACUUCCAGUUCCAGUCUGGUGGCUACGACAUGUUUAAUUUGGCCAUUGUGUUUGUUUUGGCAACUUUCAUGCAACAUGCUCCGCCAAAUCUUAGAUGCCGCAAUUCUGCAAAGAGAAACCACAGUCCGCGUGCACCUCUCCCGAGACAAAGACAGAGACUACGUCAGCGAGUUCAACUUCCACCACUUUCAGUCAGACCACCACUACCACACGCGCAGAGGGCCCAACCAAGCUCGACAGGAGCCUGCUUUUUGUGAAGCCGGGGCUGUUGUCCUUGGGGGUCCUGGCUGGCUACUUGCUUGUGUUUUUCGCGUCCUACGUGGCGGUCAUGGGAUUUAG